GCGGCCACCGGAAGAGUCGUAGUCUCCAGCCGAGCCGGGAGAGUGGGGAGCGGAAGCGGUGGCCGCGGCGGCGGCAGGCGGCGCUGGGACCCGGGAGCGGCCGGAGAACAAGGGAGCUGGCGCCGCAGCCGGCUGCCGAGCGAGGCUGAGCCGCGGGGCCGCGCCGAGCGCCGUCGCCGCCCGAAAGGCCCGGCCCGGCCGCCGAAGCAGGCCGCGCGCGGGCCCCAGGGCCCGAGGCCGGAGCCAUGGGCGAGACCAAGAUCAUCUACCACCUGGACGGGCAGGAGACGCCGUACCUGGUAAAGCUGCCCCUGCCCGCCGAGCGCGUCACCUUGGCGGACUUUAAGGGCGUUCUGCAGCGACCCAGCUAUAAGUUCUUCUUCAAGUCUAUGGACGACGAUUUCGGAGUGGUGAAGGAAGAGAUCUCCGAUGACAAUGCCAAGCUGCCCUGCUUCAAUGGCCGAGUGGUAUCCUGGUUGGUGUCUGCUGAGGGCUCACACCCAGAGCCUGCUCCCUUCUGUGCUGACAACCCAUCAGAACUGCCACCAUCCAUGGAACGCACAGGAGGCAUUGGGGACUCCCGGCCCCCAUCCUUCCACCCUCAUGCUGGUGGAGGCAGCCAGGAGAACUUGGACAAUGACACAGAGACGGACUCCUUGGUGUCGGCCCAGCGUGAGCGGCCACGCAGGAGGGACGGCCCAGAGCACACAACCCGGCUAAAUGGAACUGCAAAGGGGGAGCGGCGGCGAGAGCCAGGGGGUUAUGAUAGCUCAUCCACCCUUAUGAGCAGCGAGUUAGAGACCACCAGCUUCUUUGAUUCGGAUGAGGAUGACUCCACCAGCAGGUUCAGCAGCUCCACAGAGCAGAGCAGCGCCUCACGCCUGAUGAGAAGACAUAAGCGGCGGCGGAGGAAGCAGAAGGUUUCGCGGAUUGAGCGGUCCUCGUCCUUCAGCAGCAUCACGGACUCCACCAUGUCACUCAACAUCAUCACAGUCACUCUCAACAUGGAAAAGUACAACUUUUUGGGCAUCUCCAUUGUGGGCCAAAGCAACGAGCGUGGUGAUGGAGGCAUCUACAUCGGCUCUAUCAUGAAGGGUGGGGCUGUGGCUGCAGAUGGACGCAUCGAGCCAGGAGAUAUGCUGUUACAGGUAAACGAGAUCAACUUUGAGAACAUGAGCAAUGACGACGCAGUGCGGGUACUGAGGGAGAUUGUGCACAAACCGGGGCCCAUCACCCUGACUGUAGCCAAGUGCUGGGACCCAAGUCCACGUGGUUGCUUCACUCUGCCCAGGAGCGAGCCCAUCCGGCCCAUCGACCCUGCAGCCUGGGUCUCCCACACUGCAGCCAUGACUGGCACCUUCCCUGCCUAUGGCAUGAGUCCCUCCCUGAGCACCAUCACCUCCACCAGCUCUUCCAUCACCAGCUCCAUCCCUGACACAGAACGCCUAGAUGACUUCCACCUAUCCAUCCACAGUGACAUGGCCGCCAUCGUAAAAGCUAUGGCCUCCCCUGAAUCUGGGCUGGAGGUCCGUGACCGCAUGUGGCUCAAGAUUACCAUCCCCAACGCUUUCAUCGGCUCAGAUGUGGUGGACUGGCUGUACCACAAUGUGGAAGGCUUCACUGACCGGCGAGAGGCCCGCAAGUAUGCCAGCAACCUGCUGAAAGCCGGCUUCAUCCGCCACACUGUCAACAAGAUCACCUUCUCUGAGCAGUGCUACUACAUCUUCGGUGACCUCUGUGGCAACAUGGCCAACCUGUCCCUCCAUGAUCACGAUGGCUCCAGUGGCGCCUCUGACCAGGACACGCUGGCCCCUUUGCCGCACCCAGGGGCAGCCCCUUGGCCCAUGGCUUUCCCUUACCAGUACCCACCGCCCCCACACCCCUACAACCCACACCCAGGCUUCCCAGAGCUGGGGUACAGCUAUGGUGGGGGCAGCGCCAGCAGUCAGCACAGUGAAGGCAGCCGGAGCAGUGGCUCCAACCGUAGCGGCAGUGACCGACGGAAGGAGAAGGACCCGAAGGCGGGGGACUCAAAGUCUGGUGGCAGCGGCAGCGAGUCGGACCACACAACCCGCAGCAGCCUGCGGGGGCCACGGGAGCGGGCACCCAGCGAGCGCUCGGGUCCUGCCGCCAGCGAGCAUAGCCACCGCAGCCACCACUCAAUGGCCAGCAGCCUGCGCAGUCACCACACACACCCGAGCUACGGCCCCCCUGGCGUGCCCCCUCUCUACGGUCCCCCCAUGCUGAUGAUGCCCCCUCCACCCGCGGCCAUGGGGCCUCCAGGAGCCCCUCCGGGCCGCGACCUGGCCUCCGUGCCCCCCGAACUGACAGCCAGCAGACAGUCCUUCCGCAUGGCCAUGGGAAACCCCACCAAGAAUUUCGGGCUGUUUGACUUUCUGUGAGCCCCCAUCGAGGGGAGGCCCAACCUCCGAGGAGACCAGAAGCCCUGCUUCAGCAGCGCCUCAGGGCUUCCCAAGGAUGUUCAGCCCCCAAACCCACACUUCAACAUGUUGAGUCACUAGGCUUUGUUGGAGGGCUCCAGCCUCUCACCCAUGUAUGAGAGACUCUGUUCCCCUUUCCAGAGAAUGCCCAUCCCACUCUCUCUUUCUUUCUCUCCCUCCCUCUCUCCUUCUCUCUCACACGCAUACAUACAUACACACACACGUGCCUAUGCAAGUUCACUUAAGCCUCAGGGCUGGUCCCUGCUCAGAGGGCUGGGCCUUCUCUCCCAGGUUGUGGGGCUGGUCCCCUGACUUUCCCCUCCUCUUCUUUAUAGCCCCCAAACCACCCACACAUGUCCCCAUCAUCUUCCUACCUGAAAAAGCCCAUAAGCUGGGUCUCAGGUCAGGCUUAACAGAGGACUCUCCAAACAACUGACAGGCUGUUCUCACCCCGCUCCCUACUCCAACACCCUUAUUUCACAAUAACCAUGAUACCCCAGAGAAAGGUUGGACAGGGGGACUUCUGGGACUU